AUGUACUACCCUCCCAAUAUGCGUCCCGACACCCCGAUCCUUGUCUUCUCAUACAGCAGUGGGUUCUACAUGGCCGCACCCACACUUCCCACCCCUGCGUUCAUCAUCUACCACAACCUCGGCUCCUUCUUCACCUCCCAUGGAUUCAUCACCAUCAUCCCCAACUACUGCCUUGUCGACUUGGGUGUGCAGUUCCCUGGUGCAGUGCAAGACAUGCAGGAUGCCAUGCAGUGGGUCAUGGAUAACCUUCCCUCCCCUGAUUCUGAUAUCUAUGUCCUCGGCCACUCAGCAGGGGUGAUGAACAUGUUCAUUAUCCUCACUCUUCCGGAGCUGUACUCCCCCAGUUUGCAGCCACAUAUCAAAGGUGUGGUCUUCCUUUCUGGGCCAUAUACAUUUGAGGAUAUGCCUGUGGAUAUGAAAGAUUCCGUCAGGCUGUACUAUGGUGAAGAUGAUGAGGCGAAACAGGGUGCCAUUGGCAUUGUUGGAAUCAGCAAGUUCCAUACCAACUCCAAGACUUUUGCUAGGUAUUGGCAAGAGGGACAUUCCCUGCCUGCACCCCGCUAUGGAGAAAUUCAGCGAGGCUUUGAGGGUAUCAUACGAUGAGUUUGUCAUGAAAGGGCAUAAUCAUGUUAGCUUGGUGUUCACACUUGGGACUGGGCAGGGUGAGGAAUGAGCAGAGGAUGUGGUCAAGUGGAUUCAUGCAUGCAGUGAGCCAUAAUAGCUAUGUCAUCCUUUUCUAAUAUGAUGCACUUCAUCAUAUCGCUAUGCCAGCACUUGAAAAGGAUUCAGUUAGGUUUGUCAGACAGGGAGGAUAAUCUAGCUACUAGCAAUUAGGGACAAUAUCAAAAAUUUAAGCCAC